AUGCCGUUGUCGCGCGUCAGCAAUUCACGAAGACCUACUAGCCGCGCCGCCUCUCGUGCGAGUCCCGCCGCCUUCAAGGCGGCGCUACGGCUGCGAUCUUCGCGAUCGUCGCGAUGGUCGUCUUCGUCGUCGCAGGGCCGCCAUCACAAUGCUCUGUCGCUUCUCGUGCCGCUGCUGCUGGCGGCGCUGCUCGUGCCGCGAGCGGCGGACGCGGCGUGCUCGCGCGUGCGGCAGGUGGUGGUGGUCGGCGCGGGCAUGUCGGGCGUUUCGGCUGCUUACCGCAUCGUCACUCACAGCGGCGGCGAAUGCUUCAAUGUACGUACGGCAGGUCUUCUCAUCUCCUUAAUUUUCCCUUGCCCCUCCUUCCCUCCCCCUCUUUCCCUCUUUCGCCCUUUUUUCCUCCGCCCCCCUCCCCUCCCCUCAGGUGACUGUGGCGGAGGGGCGCGGCGGCAGGGUGACGGUGGUGGAGGCGCGCGGCAGGUGACGGUGGUGGAGGCGCGCGGAAGGGUGACGGUGGUGGAGGCGCGCGGAAGGGUGGGCGGGCGCAUGUGGAGCCGAACGGAGGCCGCCCCUGCCGGCUCGCCCACGACGUUCCUGCGAGGCGAGAUGGGCGCACAGUGGAUCGAGGGCGCCACAGCAGAACGGGGGGAAAUCCAAUUCACAGCCAAGGGGAGGAGGUACGGGGACGCGGAGUGGGCGGCAGCGGAGGCGGAGUAUCAGACGUUAGUACGGCAAGCCUUGGCCUGGGCGGGCAAGCAGAACAAGGAUGUGAGCCUGCAGCAGGCGUUCACUAGCGGGCCUUGGAAGCGAAAGAUGUUCUACAAGCCCUAUGCUCAGUCUCGCCUGGCAGUGGACUACGAGUUCAACUUCGGCACGGCCCUCUCGCACCUGUCAGCAUGGUACUACGACUCCGAUGCCUUCGACCCGCCCACCAUGGUGGUUACCAACGGCUACGACAACAUCCCCAAGAUGCUCAUGCAGGAAGCGCAAGGAAAAGGAGCAAAGCUGCUCCUCAACUUUGAAGUCACGGCCAUCUCGCAGUCCUCCACAGGCGUGCAGAUCACGGGAAAGAACACCGCCAGUGGCGCCACCGGCACGCUGGACGCCGACGUGGUGAUCGUCACCAUCCCUCUCGGGGUGCUCAAGGCCAACACCAUCGCCUUCUCUCCGUCGCUCCCCCCCCGUAAAACCGGCGCCAUAGCCCGCCUGGGAGUGGGCGCAAUCGCCAAGAUCUUCUUCUUCUUCAACCAGACCUUCUGGCCGGUCAACGUGGACGAAUAUUUCAUCGAGGAUGCGCAGCUGCCCGCAAAUCGCGGGCGGUGGGUGGAUUGGGUGAACCUGAAGCGCGCGUGGGGGCAGACGGCUUUGGAGGGAGUGGCUCUGGGGGAGUAUGCGGUGAGAAUGGCUACGAUGAGCGAUGAGGAGGUGAUUAAAGACGCCAAGGCGAAGAUGGCGCGCAUGUUCCCGCAGUACCGCAAGAAGCCGCUUGAGCCACUGGCCACUUGGAUCCAGCGCUGGACCGCCGAACCGUAUUCGCGGGGGGCGUACAGCUAUGCGCGCCGUGGGCGUGCGGGGGAACGAGGAUCACUGCACGGACUAUGA